AUGGCCCCCAAGAAGCCUGAGCCGAAGAAGGAUGUGGCAAAAUCGACCCCAUCGGCUCCGGAGCCAGAAAAGCCCAAGGAGACUGAAUUUGACCCCAAAAGCAUUGCGGUGAGUUUCACUGCAGACCAAAUUGAUGAGUUCAAAGAGGCCUUCAUGCUUUUCGACAGGACCCCCAAAAGCGAGAUGAAGAUCUCUUACGCCCAGUGUGGUGAUGUGAUGAGGGCGCUGGGCCAGAACCCCUCCAACGAAGAGGUCAUGAGAGUCCUAGGGACACCCAAGCCACAGGAAAUGAACACUAAGUUGAUCGGCUUCGAGACCUUCCUACCAAUGUUCCAGCACAUCUCCAAGUCCAAGAACCGGGGUACCUUUGAGGACUUUGUGGAAGGACUGCGUGUCUUUGACAAGGAGGGCAACGGCACCGUCAUGGGCGCCGAGCUGCGUCUUGCACUCGCAACUCUUGGAGAGAAGAUGACAGAGAAAGAGAUAGAGGUAGUGAUGGAAGGACAAGAGGACAGCAAUGGCUGCAUUAACUACCAAGCCUUUGUGAAACACAUCAUGACUGGGUGA